CCAUUCAUCAGGAUUUUUCUGUCCGAGGCACAGUUCAGUGCCCAGGAUGAUGAACGCUGACAUGGAUGCAGUUGAUGCUGAAAAUCAGGUGGAACUGGAGGAAAAAACAGGACUUAUUAAUCAAGUGUUGGAACUCCCACACACACUUGAAGAUCUCUCAGCAAGAGUAGAUGCAGUUAAGGAAGAAAACCUGAAGCUAAAAUCAGAAAACCAAGUUCUUGGACAAUAUAUAGAAAGCCUCAUGUCUGCUUCUAGUGUUUUCCAAACAACUGACACGAAAAGCAAAAGAAAGUAA